AAAAAUCGUAUGUAAUAUUCAAUUAAAUCCAGAAGAUUAAGCCAAAUUUAUCAAUUCCCUCCAUCUAAAAACAACUAUGCAUUCAAACUUUUGACCAAAUUCCAUAACGGCUAGUUGCUGAAAGAUUAUUCCUGUGACCCCUCCAAACCCUAUUUUUCUAAAAAUCCCAUUCUCUUCAACUUCUCCCACUCCAUUCCACUCUCUCUUUCAUUUUUCUUUUUAUAGCCGUUAGAACUCUCCCUGCUAUCUUUCUCCUUUCUUUCUUGUUUUAGCAAAAAAUGGAGACAAACCCCAUCCCAGAACUCCCUUCUGCUACGGUUAUUUCUUGUUCUUUGAAAAGAAAAAGACCACCCAUGAUUGAGAUCCCAAAUGUGCUACAAGAAAUACAAGUUGAUAACCUUAAAUUUAAAGACUUUACUCCUAAAAAGGAACCCAUUUGUUUUAGUGAUACCGGUGUUGCUGUUUCUUGCAUUAAAGGGAAAAAAAAGUUUAUGGAAGAUACCCACAAGAUUGUUUCUUGUUUAAAUGGCAGUUCAAACAAAAGUUUCCUUGGCGUUUAUGAUGGGCAUGGUGGGAAAAAAGCUGCAGAGUUUGUUGCCGAGAAUUUGCAUAAUAAUAUUCUUGAAAUGAUGGUUAAUUGUACAGAAAAUGAAUCCAAAGUCGAAGCUGUUAAAGCUGGGUACUUGAAAACAGAUCAAGAUUUCUUGAAACAGGGUUUAGCAAGUGGUGCCUGCUGUGUCACGGCCUUGAUUGAAGGACAGGAGGUUGUUGUCUCAAACCUGGGAGAUUGCAGGGCUGUUCUAUGUAGAGGAGGAGUAGCUGAAGCACUUACGAAAGAUCAUAGAGCAGAACGGGAGGAUGAACGAAAAAGAAUUGAGGAUAAGGGCGGAUAUGUUGAGAUCCACCGAGGUGCAUGGAGAGUUCAUGGGAUACUUUCUGUUUCUAGAAGUAUUGGAGAUGCUCAUCUGAAGGACUGGGUACUGGCUGAGCCUGAUACAAUGAUCUUACGGCUGACCUCAGACACAGAGUUCCUUGUCUUAGCUUCUGAUGGACUAUGGGAAGUGGUUGGGAACCAAGAAGUUGUUGAUACUGUUACUGGAUUAUGUAUGCCUGAGAAGAAAAAAGUGGCAUCUAGAGGAGAUAUUCAACAAGAAGAUGGUAAUGUUCUCUGCAGCCAUGUAAAUGUAAGUCCUUCAUCAAAGUUUCGAAGGCUUAAACAGUCGCCAGACAUUAAUAAGAAGGCAGUUGAUAGCUGGCACGAUGACUUUCCCUGUGAAAACGAAAGUCGUCCGCUGAAGUCCAGAAGAAUUUCAUUGGUCAAGCGAGUAAAUGUCAAGAAUGACUCACCUAUUAAAGAAGACAGCCUCCAUAAGAAGAAAUCUUCCUCUACGGGGCUAGUGGGUGCUUGUAAGGAGCUUGUGAAUCUUGCAGUGGGUAGAGGUAGUUUGGAUGAUAUCACUGUGAUGAUUGUCGAUUUGAAUCACUUCAGAUGUAAUAGUUAAUAAAUCAUGAUUAAUCUAGACAUGAUGUUUAGUGACGCUCUCUAAAUUACAUUCAUUUCUUGUACAUUUCUGAAUCCAAAAGAUGUAGCUGCCAAGGUAUGUGGCUCUCAAAUCUGAAAAAGAACCCACAUAGAACAAUAGCUAACUGUUAAUUUCAGUCAGUUCAUGUAAUAUAGUUUCAGCUUUCAUUUCCAUUGUGAUAGAUCAUAAGUUUUACUUUUGUGACCAUACAUGUAUCUGCUAUAGAGUUAAUAUACCACAUUGGCCACCUCA